UGGGAUUGAGGUCGCUUUCAAUUUUGCUGUUGCUCCAAACCCAUUUCCUCUGGGAGCAGCUCACGCUCAUAGGUGUCAGCUAAAGCACGGUGUUCUCUGAUUCCUCUCCAUGUACACAUCUUCCUCCCCAGGCUGGUGUGCAAGUGUGGGGCUUGCUUUAUGAUGGGUUCCUUGCAGAGCUCUGCUCGUUCCCAGAGGCUUUGCUUCAACUGCAUGUGAACCAGACAUGGCUUUGCCCCUAACUUGCACCUGCUCCCUGAGUAUCCCCAGCCCUGAAGAUGAUGCUGGGAUGGGGGCAGUGUCAAAACUCUGGUGGUGAUAUGUGGGAUAGGGGUUGUGGAACAGAGAGAGGCUGUGGAGUACAGGGAGAAGAGGCAGGGAAUGUGGGGCAGCAGGGCUGCUUGCUCCAGGAGCUCAUCCCACAGCUUGAGGUGCCACCAUCACAUGGGUAUGUGUAAAUACCAGCCUCUCCCAGUGCCUUUGCUGUGCUGGUGCAGAGAGUGGCCAGCUCCUUCCACACAAGGAGCAGCAGGGGUGGGAAGGAGCUAAACCCUCCAUCCCACUGAGCUGAGUGCUCAGCAGGUGCUCAGUCACGAAUUGCAGCCGAUGGAGCACCAGCCUCCAGCUACAGCAGAUUCUUGGGUACAGGAUGGUCACCAGCAGUCCAUGACAGGGCUUUCUUCUCUCCUAUCUGGCAAGAGGCUGUGAGGCAGUUCCUAGGAGUUGACAAGCUGGGAAGGCUUGCUGGAGAGGCAUGAGGUGCAGCAAGGAAAUAGCAGGAGUUUUCUGCUGUGGUCUCGAGUGUCACCCUGUGACAGAGCACUGGCUUUGCUCUUGCUCUGGAGUUGAAUCCUCACACUAGAGGUGUCACACCCAUGAUUGCAGGCAGCAGUGGAGACCCCGCUGUGUCCACUGCCUGCAGUAGUUGGGUCCCACCCGAAUUAUAAUUUUCUCUGCUUGGAUCUGUGGCUGUGUGGGAAGGGAAAGGUAUUUCCCUUGGGGACCACUGCAGCAGCCACAGAAACUCUUGGACCAGAGGAUGCUAUCAGUCAAGAGUUGGAGUCUCCCAAUGGCUUUGAUGGAGAGGAAAAAACCAGCUGUAAAUCACUGCCAAAAGACUGAGGGAGUUUGCUGUAGCUGGCUGGUGCAACCAGGUGUGGGAGAGCAGCCAUGAACACUGCAAAGAAUGGUUGAGUGCAGGCUGAAAAGCCAACCGGUGUCACGGGUAGGUAGGGGUUUCAGCCCCAGGAGCCCUUCUGAAGUGAAGUCUCAGCUUUGUCAAGGCCGUAUCUCCUCCCUGUCUGUGGUGUCAUCAUGAAAGUAGGGUGCAAAAGGCAAUGGAGACAGAGAGGGUGAUGUAGGAUGGGGGCUGUGAAGGGAGAGAGAGAAGUGCACUCCUGGAGGUACAGGGAGACACUGGGCACUGGAGAACAUAAGGAAGGCAUUUAGUGGAGAGACACCAAGUCCUGGAGAGGUCCCUUGGUGUCUGCUGUCACAGCACUGGGAGCAGUGAUGCGGCUGGCAUGAGGGUGGAGAUGGUGUCACACUGGUGAGUUUGUUGCAGCUUCACAGCUCUCCUGUGUGCUCUCUCCAUCUUUGGACACAUGAUAGGGAUGCUAACAGAAAUGUGACUGCCUGGGGGCUGUGCCCCCACCCAGGCCCUUCCCACGUAGCCUGGAUGCUCUCUAUUCCUAGUGCCCAUACAGACAUGAUUCAUGGCUUGGUCAGCUGCACACACCUACGAAAUUUGUAGCAUCUUUGGCCCUUUCCCAGCUCCAGACUGGGCUGCCUCCUCUGCUGGAAGACAAAGGCAGUGCCAAGCGGUCCCAGUGAGUUCAGAGAAGGUGUUGGGGGCAGAAGAGUGAGACAGGGAGGUAGAGAGCAGAAAAUGGGAAAGAAGGGAUGCCUGGUGGUCUGGGGUAUGGCAGAGAACAGUCAGGGGAUCUGAGUCGAGGGUGAGUGUUGUACACAGCUCCCAGCUCGCACUGUUGCUCUGUCUGUGUUGUUGUAUGUUAUCUUCACACCUUUAAGAAUUUUCAGUCUUCCUCCUUCCCUCACACGGGGGGUUACAUUAUUUUUGCUGUUAGGUGAAGGCUUAUUUUCACAGCGCACAGUGUUUAAGCCCUGCGCCCAGUUGGCUCUGCCUCCUCACACCAGUUUGCAGCGUGACCUCUGGGUGGCAUCCAAAGGCUCUCCUGUGGGGCUGCCGCAGCCUUUCCUCCCGGCCCUGGGACACCGACAGAACAGCUCGGGGUUGAGAUGGACUUUUCUUACUUUGGGUAACUGAGAACACAAACCUCUGUCAAGGCUGAUAAUUAAUUAGACACGCUUAGAAGAGGAUGCCAGUUUAUGAACAAAAGUGAGAAAACUGAAACCCACAUUUUAGCAGAGACGAUGGAAAGGUUUCUUUUCAAGACUUUUAAAUUCUUCUUGGAAGAUCUGGGGUAGAUGUCUGCAUGAUUGCUAGCUUGUCUGAUCAGUUUGAUUAGCUGUUACAAGAAUGACAGUUAAAUCUCCCCAUCUCACCAAAGUGAAGAAAUUAAAACUCAUUUCAAUUGUACUGCAACCAACCCCCAAACUGCCAUGAUUAUAUAUUUCUAAGCCCUUUUAUACACUUAUCACCUUCUCUCACAUCCCUGGCUGGGUGCCCAGGAACGGAUGGCAGCAGUAACCUCUUUCCCUCUUCCUUGAUGCAUCCCUUGUGCCCAGAGCUGGGUGCAAAGACAGGCAGUGCUACCAGGCUUCCUCACCCCAUCCAUAUCUGGCAUGUAGCAUCUACCAAAGGGCACUGCUUUCUUUUAAAAGCCUUUUGUCUUCACAGACACGCUGAGAGGAUAAUGGUAGAGAGGUAUUUCUUUGUCCUUCACCCACUUCUUUCCCUUGUACCUGUAAGAGGAGCUCCACCACUAUUGCAGCUGUAGCCUUGCUAAAGCAGAAACUGCCUAAAUGGCUGCAUCAGACCCUGGCUUUAGCAUCUCAGCAGCCACAUUUUCAUUUAAUUACACCUGUAUCUCUUUAGAAAGUGCUUAUAUUAAAAACUUGGCUAUUUGCUGAUGGCAGACAUCUCCUACCUUCACCACAAAUGAAAGACAAGGGCUUUUAUUUUCUAAUAAUUAAAAUAGACAAACUUAUCUCAGAGCCUGACAGACCCUAUUUGGAAGAGGUGCACGUUUCUGGCAUGUUUAUAUAUUCAGCAAAAUCAGCUUCAGGACUCCAUGGGGCUGAAAUCCUGCCCUGGGCACCAGGAGGAGCUGCUGGAGGGGCUGCCCUUGAUGGUGUGGAAGGGUUGGGAUGCCCCCCAAAAAGCCAGGCUGAGGCUGGUGAAGGCCCAUCAUGUUUUGGGGGCCUAGAUGGCAUAGGAGAGGCAGGUUCAAGGGGAAGCUCUUCUGUCCAGCCCAACUCCCUCAGUGCCUUUGCUUUUCCUUUGCCUUUCAGGAAAUUCCCUUUCAUCUCAACACAGCACUUCUCGUCUAUUGAUGUUUUUUUUAAGGUCCAUUCUACUCUAACCUUGGGUGAUUAACCACAGGCAUCUUGGUUUGGAUGAAGGCAGUAAUUCUGUCUGUAAUUCUCAUCACUUUUCAUAACUAAUUCCAUGUAUCACACUGAGGUGUCUAACUCCAUACCAUACAUCUCCAUGGCCUGCGUGGCUACAGCUGUACUGUGAUGUGGAACUGGGGGAAGGGGCCAUCCCUUCCCAGCAUCACUGACUGAUGGCACUUGUGCAGCUCCCUCCCCCUCCCAAGCCUUCUGCGCUGUGCAUUGCGCCACACCAAAUUACCCAUCUUCAGCCUUUCUCGGCUUCUCAGCAUCUAUCUCAGCAGUGUUACCCUUUGGUCAGGGCCACCUCUGUUGGACAGGCUGGUGCCCCUGGUAAGAUGCUAUGGGACUCACAUAAGCUGUGGUGUAACUUGCUGUUUUCCUUCUCCCAGAUUUCAUCUUCCAGAAGGAGCUGUUUGCUGCAAGAGACACAGAUCCCAUGCACAACCUCUCUGCUCAGCCCUGGCAGGCAAAGAUGGCCAACCUGACCUAUGACAACUUCACCCUGGGCAACCACUCUGAAGUGGCCCUGCAGCCUCCCACCAACUACAAGACAGUGGAGCUGGUUUUCAUCGCCACUGUCACUGGCUCACUCAGCCUUGUCACUGUGGUAGGGAACAUCCUGGUGAUGCUCUCCAUCAAGGUGAACCGCCAGCUCCAGACUGUCAACAACUAUUUCCUCUUCAGCCUGGCCUGUGCAGACCUCAUCAUCGGGGUCUUCUCCAUGAACCUCUACACGGUCUACAUCAUCAAAGGCUACUGGCCACUGGGGGCUGUGGUGUGUGACCUGUGGCUGGCUCUGGACUAUGUGGUGAGCAAUGCCUCUGUCAUGAACCUGCUCAUCAUCAGCUUUGACCGGUACUUCUGUGUCACCAAGCCCUUGACAUACCCAGCCAGGAGGACCACCAAGAUGGCAGGGCUAAUGAUUGCGGCCGCAUGGAUAUUGUCCUUCAUUCUCUGGGCUCCUGCCAUCUUGUUCUGGCAGUUCAUUGUGGGCAAGAGGACAGUCCCCGAGAGGGAGUGCUACAUCCAGUUCCUCUCCAACCCAGCGGUGACAUUUGGCACAGCCAUUGCUGCUUUCUACCUGCCUGUGGUCAUCAUGACGGUGCUGUACAUCCACAUCUCCCUGGCCAGCAGAAGCAGGGUAAGGAGGCACAAGCCCGAGAGCAGGAAAGACAGGAAAACCAAGUCCCUCAGAUUCCUCAAGGGCCCCGUGGUUAAACAGAACAACAAUAACUCUCCCAAGAGGGCUGUGGAGGUGAAGGAAGAGGUGAGGAAUGGGAAAGUGGAUGACCAGCCAUCUGCACAGACAGAGGCCACUGGCCAUCAGGAGGAGAAGGAGACAUCCAAUGAGUCCAGCACCGUCAGCAUGACCCAGACUACUAAAGACAAGCCCACAGCAGAAAUCUUGCCAGCAGGGCAAGGACAGAGUCCAGCCAACCCCCGGGUGAACACAACUUCUAAGUGGUCCAAGAUUAAGAUUGUCACCAAGCAGACUGGGACUGAAUGUGUCACCGCCAUUGAGAUUGUCCCAGCUAAGUCAGGUGCCUCUAACCACAACUCCCUGGCCAACAGCCGCCCAGUCAACGUUGCCAGGAAGUUUGCCAGCAUUGCCAGAAGCCAAGUACGGAAGAAGCGCCAGAUGGCUGCCCGAGAGAAGAAAGUCACCCGGACCAUAUUUGCCAUCCUGCUGGCCUUCAUACUCACAUGGACGCCCUACAACGUGAUGGUCCUCAUUAACACUUUCUGUGAGACCUGCGUGCCCGAAACAGUGUGGUCCAUCGGCUACUGGCUCUGCUAUGUCAACAGCACCAUCAACCCAGCCUGCUAUGCCCUCUGCAACGCCACUUUCAAGAAAACCUUCAAGCACCUUCUCAUGUGCCAGUACAGGAACAUUGGCACAGCCAGAUAAACUGGUACUCAGGGACCACUUCAGUAACAUUAUGGAAACCCUUCCCUUUGCCUCCUUUGCCAGCGGGGGUUCUUCUGCUCCCUACUCACAACAGUGCAGACUGUGCAGUGAGUGCAGAUGAUGCCCUUCAUCCAACGCUGACAAAAAUCCAAGGUGUCUCUGAGUUGCAGGUCCUUCCAGUCACCCUGGGCCUGGGGACUAGCUCGGUGACCCACCGGGAAAGCCAGAGGCAAGAGGAGAUGUGGUCACCAGGAGCCCUUCCCAGCUCCAUGCUCUUGAGAUUGGCCAAAUGGCAUCAGUGUUUUUCCUAAGACUGGAUGUACCUUUUUCCCCAGCUGACCAUCUCCAAGGUAUCAGAGCUUGUCUGCAUGCAGAUGGGCUAAUGCUGGAUGCUUUCCAUUGGCUUCUAAAGUGUUUAUUACCCAAGAAAUGAAAGGAAACCAGGGUCAAACAUUUGCUAGGCAUCUUGGACCAGGCUGGCUCAGGCAUGCUAAUGGGGAGUCCUGCUGGCCCAGCCAGGCCCCCUGUGAAGGCAGUCAAGAUUGGACCCUAAGAGAUGUGGCAAGAUGCUUCCUUUCCCUUUAGAGUGCCAUCGGACAUCCUCACCCAGGGACCUGGGGCAGAAUUUUUCCCUGGGCUCUGGCUCUGCUCUCCCCUUCACACACUCUCUGCCCUCAGACAGUAAUUUGCUGAAAGACAGACAAACCAAGCAUUUCACUCCUGGGUGAGGAGUGUGAAGCCCAGUUGCCUCUGACAACAAUGGAAACUAAAACUGCAAAGAAAAGAAGUGGUGUGGUGCAGGACUUCGCUCCACAGCCCUGGGGAAAUGGGGGCCCUGAGAAGUGGGCAACAGUGACUGUGAAAAUAACUGUCCCUGGGAGGGACCGGGGGGAGCUGGGGGGUCUCAGAAGAGGGCGAGAAGAGGGUCUGCAACGUGGCCAAGGUGCCCCGUGUCUCAUCUGGGCCAUGAGCUCUCCCCACGGUGGGUAGGAGGCAUGGCUGUGGAGGCAGGAGAUGAUGAUGGUGGCCUCCAGCCCCACUCGUGCCCUGAGUGCAGGGGGCUCCUCCAGGGAGGCCAAAGGAGCCAGUUGCUGAGCUUUGUAAAUGGAUGUAAUGCUGUCAUGGGUGUUGCGGCAGAGCCCUCAGCAUGCGGGCUUCAGCCAGCGUCUCCAGCCUCCUCCCAGCCCACCCGUGUGUGCAACCCAGAGCACCCUGGCGCAGCUCCCUAGCUUCUCCCAAAGCCAGGUGAAAGCCUUGGUGGACACAGCCAGGUGCAGGCAAGGGAUGGGAUGGGGCCACUCUAGUGCUGGCAAACUCUUGUGUCCAUAUGUCCUUCCCGUCCUCAUGCCAGGGUGCAACUUGCAGAAAGGCUGCCCCAACCCAGAUGGGAACCCCUCCAACACUGCCUUUAGGGGUACCCAAAAUGCCUGGUGGGUUUCUGGGUAUUUUUAAAUGGUUACAACUGCAGCCCAACACACUCCAAGACAAAUAAAGACCUUGGAUCAGGAAACUA